AGUCACAUACACAACGGCGCAUUUGGACAACAUUUGUGUUUCUUACACACACACGCGCACAGAGAGCAGAGCAAACAGUCUCUUUGGUUCUCUCUCUCUCUCUUUCUCUCUCUCCUCCCUCCCAUCCACACUCACACACUCGCAGCACGCCAGUAUAUCAGCGAGCGACUAGCGGCGAGCCAGAGGGGAGUGCAGAAAUGAAUGUGAAGAUUCUGACGCUGGUGAUUGUGCUCCUGGUGUCUCUGCUGUGUUCUGCCAGCGCCGGUCUCAUGGCCUCCAUGGAACAUGGCAAAGAGCUGGAGGAAGCAGCUCCAGUGAGAAAGCUGGUCCAGCAAAGCCCCUCGAGGGGCGGUCAGAACCACAGACCAGCCGGCUGGAAGAGGAGACGCCCACGGCCCCGUCUUUCCCACAAGGGGCCAAUGCCGUUCUAGAGCAAGGCAUUGCUUUAAGCGCCCUCCCCCAGGUUCUGAUUUCUAUGCUCUUCCUUUGCCUUGGGGGGCCUUGCUGCGAAGGGCCAAUGCUAGCCCAGCCUGAAGAAUGAUGUCCAUAGCACCUGCUGGUUCUUCAAGCAACUGUCCACAAGAAGAAAAAACAAAAAACAAAAAAAAAAAAAACAAACGAAAAUCAGGACAAGCCGCUCAACCUUCAGCUCUAAGGAAGAAGGGGGGAGGGCUGCGUUGGGGGGGGGGGGAGUUACUGAGCCCAGAGCUAUACGAUUCUAUUCCUCUGUCACCUUAUACCACUUGAUCUAGCGCUGUCUUCUCCCAAAUGUUGUUUUUCUUCUCCUAUCGUUUGCUUUUUAGACGCCAAUCACAGCGAUCUCACACACAUUGCAUGACAUGCGGCCAACCGGGAGCCCGGUUCAAACUCUCUCGCUUAUGGAAUCUCAGCGUCUGUCACUUGUCCAUGGUGUGGUUUUCUACUCGACGAGAUUUAAGGUUACAGCGCGCGCACACACACACCCCCCCCCCCCAAUCUCGUCGCUCUGUAGCAACUUAGCGGCUGUGCUAAUGGCAUAGGGCGCUGAUGAAACGAUGUUUAAUUAGUCAAGGAUUCUUAUCAUUCAAUAGCUUGGAUGUCGACUGCUUCAAGGAGUCAACAGUUUGAUACAGGAUGAGAAAGGCAGGAGUGUUACAUCUGACUGUUUUGCAUCUUCCAAUGACAUCCACAUGCAGCAUCAAUUUCAACUGAAACAAGUGCACACAUACUGUCUAAAAAAUUGACGUGAUAGAACUUCUCCAAUACUUGGGAGAUUCUGUAAUGUGAAGCUAGUUUGGCAAGGGGAAACUGCGCUGGAAGUCUUUGUAUCGGCAUGCUUCAGGUCGGACGAUGAGUCUUAAACCCAAAAUCCAUACCGAAAAGUCGACCACCUUCUCGUCACACGACUGUUAACUGGCAGCGGCGGUCUGCGCUCCGGACUGGCCCGCCCCGCCUUUUAAUGAAGUGCCAAAUAAUGAAGCCGCUCCACAAAUGCUGCCGGGAAGGGAAGACGUUACUUCAGUUUUCAAGUCACGAAAGACUGACACGCAUUUGAAGUGAAGUUGUGAAUCAACAUUGGCCACGAAAAAUUCAAUCUGAAUGGAAAAAAAAAAUGAGGAUGGCACCACGACCCUGGCCAAACUCAGCCAAAUUGCAAACCUUGAAAGAAGUCAUCGAUCCCGUUUGCCUGGAUUUGGUUUCCCUGCAUUAUCCAAUGGGAAAGUGUCAAAAAUGUGAAAUCUCGCAGAACCGUCGCGUAGCAGGUUAUUCCACGGCUCGUGAUUAGUCCAUCACUAACGCUCCCGCUGUCUAAUCCCACAGCUGCUUUAAACCUUUGACCAAACGAUAUACUGUAUGCCUUUCCAUCAUACUGGAAUAGAUCACUGUUUAUCUAUUACCUGUGUUUAAGUCUUUAUUUUUCUCAGGGUGCUAGCAUAGAGGCUUGUACUAAAGCAGUCUAUCAUAUAAAACAAUCAUAGAGUUUGGAACAUUUAAAGCUUAUAUCAACAUAUUUUCAUAAAUACCAUGGCUCUCGGCGAGUGUAGUACAAUACGCCCAUUUCCGCGUCGCGGCCCUUCCCAGGUGUGAACUUUUGCGUACUUCAAGUCGGGCGCAGUUGCCUUGCCGGUCCGCCAGCUCACCCGUGGCACAGGUGGUCCAGGCUUUGAUCCUACCGCUCAUUAAACCUCCGAGUUAAUCUUUCUCAGAUGGACCUUUCCGAAGCUGACCGGGGCCCCCGUAGUCUCAGCUCGUUGGUUAAAUUGUCUUUGACUGGAACCCCGACCUCCCCUUCCGUCCCCUCGACGCCCUCCGCCACUCGAUCGCCAGGCUGCUUCAGUGGGCAAGCGUGUCGAACACUAAAACCUUUCGGGAUUUGUUAGGCUCGAGGACCAAAGAAAGCG